CAAACUCUCUUGGCUGUCUGUUAUCCUCCUUCUUUCUUCUCCUUCAUCUCGUGAUAAAAUUAAAGUCUUCCUUCACCCAUUACAUGGCAGCCACUACUACUGCCACCAUAAGCCUUUAACCACUGUAUCAAUUCCCUUCUCUCUUACACCAUUUCAUUUAUUAAAUAUUAAUAUCUCUGUAAUACGUUAAAAAAUAAAUUUAUGUCUUGCAAAACUGAAAUAAAUAAUAAUAUUAAUGUCUAUGAAAUGUAGGAGUCUCAACUUACUUUUGAGCACUGUUGUGGUUGAUACAUUGUCAAAUUUGUUUCCGUCGUCUCGUUUUUUAGAGUGAAAAAUUCGUGAUCAAGUUUGUUUUAUUUGUUUUCUGUUUUCUUUGUGAUUGAAAGCUUAGUCUUAGGGUUCGGGUUUAUUACGUCUGCACUGUGUUUUGUACGAAUAAGAGGUUCUUUUAACUUUAGAUUGAUGAAAUCAAUGUUGAUGAAAAAUGCCGACUAUUAGAGCUUCUGCUACUAAGAAAACUACAACGCUUACGGUUGCUGUGAAAUGUAGACGGUUAACGGGGAGAGAACACGGCAGGGACAUUGUUAGAGUAAAUGACAACAAGGAGGUGGUUGUUUUGGAUCCCGAUUUGUCAAAGGAUUAUCCUGAACGCAUAGAGUAUAGAACAAAGGAAAAGAAGUAUAGUUUUGAUUAUGCGUUUAGUUCUGAUUGUACAAACUCGGAUGUGUAUGCGCAAUGUAUAUCUUCUGUGAUCUCUGGGGUUGUUCAAGGUCUCAAUGCAACAGUUUUUGCGUAUGGCUCAACUGGAAGUGGUAAAACAUAUACAAUGGUUGGGACAAACAGUGAUCCUGGACUCAUGGUUCUCAGUUUGCAUAGAAUAUUUGACCUUAUCAAAAAGGACAAAAGUUCUGAUGAAUUUGAAGUUACUUGCUCCUACCUGGAAGUUCACAAUGAAGUUAUCUAUGAUUUGCUUGAAAAGUCAUCGGGUCACUUGGAACUCAGAGAGGAUCCAGUUCAUGGCAUGGUUGUUGCUGGGCUGAGAUGUAUCAAGGUCCACUCAGCUGAUAAGAUUCUUGAACUUCUGAAUUUGGGGAAUAGUCGGCGGAAAACUGAAAGCACUGAGGCCAAUGCAACUUCCUCACGAUCACAUGCAGUUUUAGAGAUCACUGUAAAGAGAAGACAGAAAAACAAAUAUCUUAAUCAAAUAAUGAGAGGAAAACUUGCUCUUGUGGAUCUUGCCGGCAGUGAACGAGCCUUUGAAACAAAUAGUGGAGGGCGAAAGCUAAGGGAUGGAGCCAAUAUUAAUCGUUCUCUUCUAGCGUUGGCAAAUUGCAUUAAUGCUUUGGGAAAACAACAAAAGAAAGGACUGGCUUAUGUUCCUUAUCGGAACAGCAAACUGACAAGGAUAUUAAAAGAUGGUCUCAGUGGCAAUUCUCAAACUGUUAUGGUGGCAACCAUAUCACCAGUUGACAGUCAAUAUCAUCACACUGUGAAUACCCUAAAAUAUGCUGACCGGGCGAAGGAAAUAAGAACACAUAUUCAGAAAAACAUUGGUACAGUUGAUACCCAUGUAUCAGACUACCAGAGGAUGAUUGACAAUCUUCAGAUUGAGGUCUGCCGACUGAAAAAGGAACUAGCUGAAAAGGAAUCACAGCUAAGUAUCAAACCUGCUGAAAAAUCUGCAGAUGAUGAGCUGUCUUGGUUGGAUAUUUUGAGCCAUGAAAUCAGUGAAAAUGUCCAGGAUAGGAUUAAUUUACAGAAGGCUUUAUUUGAGCUUGAGGAAGUGAACAUUCGUAUACGUUCUGAACUCCAACAUCUUGAUGAGGCUAUUGCAAAAUACCAGGCUACUGAGAAAGAUGAAGCAGUUGUAGAGGCCUUGAGAGCAAGGAGGCAAGUAAUUCUCGAUAACAUACGUGACAAUGACGAGGCUGGUGUCAAUUAUCAAAAGGAAAUUGAAGCAAAUGAGAGUCAUCGAUGUGAACUCCAAGACAUGAUUGAUGAAGCCAUCAGUAACAAUGGCAAUAAGACCUACUUGCUCAUUCUCAGCCAAUAUAGAAUCCUGGGAAUGGCUAAUAUUGAGCUUCAGUUUGAAAUGGCAUUGAGGGAUCAAGUGAUUCACAACCAACGGGAAACACAGAGGAACAUGUGGAAAUUGCUCAUGACAACAGGAAUUGAUGAAAAACGUUUACUCAACCUUGCAGCCAAGAAGGGAAUAACAAAUGAAGAUUGGAAUAUCACUUCUCAAGUGGGGCUUCCAAAUAAUCAGCAGUCACCGAAUUUAGCUUAUGGAAGAUAUUAUCCUGUUGGUUAUAGUCCUUUAAUUGGACAUUCAUAUCCUAGACCAUCUUGCAUGUUCCCACAAUGUGAUGACUUAAGUUCAAGGUCAUUAUUACCCUUGGAUCUAGCUCCCACCUUUUUUACAGAGGAUCGUAAUUCAUAUUAUUUGUUGUCUCACGAUCACUCUCCAUCAGCACAUGUAAGGCUGAGAAAGAGUAGUGAGCUUUGGACUGGUUGCAGGCCAGUUUCAUGGUGUGGCACUCCUAGUAAAAGUCCCCGAGAUAUUUGCAAUUCUUGUCCAGAGAUCAGAACUCAGGCCUUACCAUAUAAAGCUAGCCACGAAUCAGGUUCCCCUGGCAGUGCUGAUUUUGGCCGGCGCCACAAGGAUAUGUGGAGGCUUACUCAGAAGCAAAAUCUGCUUGAGAGCCCUCGAGUUGGAAAGAGUUGUUGGAUUUAACCCCACGGAAGAGGACUUUGGCAUUUGUCGCUCAAACCAUGUGCUUCAAAACACCAAAUACCCAAACCACCCAUAUUUAUCUCACAUUCUCCAUUUGGCAGUGUUUGUCAUAGCCCUGAAACAUGGGAUGAGGCCACCCCUCCAUUUUUGUAUAGCCCUCUGUAAAACAUAAACACAAAAAUAGCAGCCACCAAUUGGUUAUGUUCUCACCUGCCCCCCUCUACACAGUCAUGGCUGUGUAGAGCUGAAUUUGCUGUGAUCUGUCAUACUUAACGGACUGUGUCGUGCUAAGGUCGGUCAAAGGGUAGGUCUUGUAAGCUGUCGGCUCAAUGCAUGGCAAAAUCCAGGACACAGCCAAAGGCCUUUUAGACCAUAUUUUUGUUGGUCUUUAGAAUAUCAGUUCAUCCUAUUAUAAAUUUAUUUUAACUUUUUAAAAUUA